ACUCUUUUCAUAAUAUAAUAAUAGAAACAAGACUAUUCAAAGAGAGUUUAAAUAUAAAACGAAGUUGAGUAUUCAAACCAAGGAAAGAAGAAGAGAGCGGAAGAAGAAAAUGGCUGCCUUAUCAGAGAAAGAGGCUGAAGCUUAUCUCGACGCAAGGCCUAGAUAUCCGAUUGAUUGGUAUAAGAAGAUUGCCGCACGGACACUUGACCACAAAUUUGCUUGGGAUGUUGGAACUGGUAACGGUCAGGCUGCUAUUGGGCUCGUGGAGCAUUACGAGAAUGUUGUGGCUACCGAUAUAAACGAAGCACAACUUAAACGAGCAAUCAAACACUCAAGAAUCAGUUACCAUCACACUCCAACAACGAUAUCAGAAGAUGAGAUGGUGGCUCUAGUCGGGGGAGAAAACUCUGUCGAUCUCAUAGUUGCUGCUCAAGCUGUCCAUUUUUUCGACCUAACCACAUUUUACAAUGUUGUGAAACGUGUUCUUCGUAAAGAAGGAGGCCUAAUCGUCGUUUGGGUAUACAAUGAUAUCAUUAUCUCACCUGAGAUCGAUCCCAUAAUGAAGCGCCUUGUGGACUCUACUCUACCUUUUAGAACUCCUAUUAUGAAUUUAGCAUUUGACGGUUAUAAAACGUUGCCGUUUCCUUUUGAGGCCAUAGGGAUGGGGUCCGAAGGAAAGCCUAUUACUCUAGACAUUCCGCAUAAACUUUCGCUUAAAGGGUUUAUAGGGUUCUUGAGAUCGUGGCAGCCCGCGAUGAAGGCCAAGGAAAAAGGAGUAGAGCUUAUAAAUGAAGAUCUAAUAACCAAAUUUGAGGAGGCUUGGGGUGAUAAAAACCAAGUUAAAGAUGUUUUCUACAAGGCUCACAUGAUUGUUGGAAAAUUUCCGGAAGUAAAAUUCGAAUCUGAUCAAGUACUGUCCCAAGACAGUAACAAAGGUCUCUUGCUAGAAACGGAGGUUGGGAGAAACCACAAAAGACGACAACCAUCAGAUGAAGGAGACAGUAGACAAAGUAAGAAACAAAAUACAAGUGAAGAUGAGGCAUGAAAAGAUAUAUGAAUCAUCGUCAUUUUUGAGUAUUCAUUACGGGUUAACCAAAAUAAAAAGAUGAAACCAAAAAAAAAAAAAAAAAAAAAAAAGAUGAAACCAUCUGAGAAAGUAAUGACUCUGUUUUAGAUAUCAAUUAUCAGAUAUUAAGAUUUCAAUUAUUGGAUUUGGAAGUUUUUGUACAUCUAAGUAAUAAAGUUCUUAUUGAGUAUGUCAA